AUGGCAGCAACCACCCUUCUUUUUAGGGUUUGAGUGUGAAAUCUUGUCAUAUAAGAAACAGAUAAGUGAGAUAAUAAAUAUUGACAGUCUGUCUCAGUUUACCUGUCUUCUUCCCAAACUUCCAAAACUUAAAUCCUAUCUGGGUUUUACACAUUUUCUUCUUUUUGCUUAUGUAAGAUCCAUGCGGGUUUAGUUAAGAUUUGCCAUGGGGUGGUAUACAAGCCUCUACAUUGUUCUUGUUUUGUAUUUUUUUGCUGUGGGUUAUAGUGUUACUGACCCCAAUGACUUGAAAAUUCUGAAUGAUUUCAAGAAUGGUUUGGAUAAUCCAGAGCUCUUGAAAUGGCCAGCUGAUGGGGAUGAUCCUUGUGGCCCUCCUUCAUGGCCUCAUGUGUUUUGUUCUAAUGGAAGAGUUACUCAAAUUCAAGUCCAAAAUCUUGGUCUCAAAGGCUCUCUGCCUCAAAACUUUAACCAGCUCUCAAAACUCUACAAUAUAGGCCUCCAACGAAACAAGUUUAAUGGUAAAUUGCCCACCUUUAGUGGCUUGUCAGAACUGGAGUUUGCUUACUUAGAUUUCAAUGAAUUUGAUACAAUUUCAUCUGAUUUUUUUUAUGGACUUAGUAGUCUACGUGUCUUGGCUUUGGAUUAUAAUCCUUUGAACAAGAGCAUCGGUUGGUCUAUUCCUGAUAGUUUGGCAAAUUCAGUUCAGUUGACAAACCUUUCUUUCAUACAGUGCAAUUUGGUUGGGCCAGUGCCUGAAUAUUUAGGCACAUUGCCAUCUCUAAUGGCCCUGAAAUUGUCUUACAAUAGCUUAUCUGGUGAAAUUCCGGCGAAUUUUGGUCAGUCUUUGAUGCAGAUUUUGUGGUUAAAUGAUCAAGCUGAUGGUGGCAUGACUGGUCCAAUUGAUGUUGUUGCCAAAAUGGUUUCUUUGGAACAGUUAUGGCUUCAUGGAAACCAGUUCACGGGGACCAUCCCGGAGGACAUUGGAGCUCUAACUUCGUUGAAAGAUCUAAAUCUGAAUAGAAACCAACUUGUUGGGUUAAUACCUGGGAGCUUGGCCAAUAUGAAGCUGGAUAACUUGGUGUUGAACAAUAAUCUGCUUAUGGGUCCGAUACCAAAGUUUAAGGCUGGUAAUGUUUCUUAUGAUUCUAAUUCCUUUUGUCAAUCUGAGCCUGGUGUGGCAUGUGCCGCAGAUGUGAAUGCAUUGUUGGAUUUUCUUGGCCAUAUGAAUUACCCUGUAAAUCUUGUUUCUCAAUGGUCUGGUAAUGAUCCAUGUGAAGGGCCAUGGUUGGGAUUGACUUGCAAUCCUAAUUCAAAGGUUUCUAUUAUUAAUUUGCCUAGACAUAAUCUUAGUGGUACUCUUAGUCCUUCUAUUGCAAAUUUGGAUUCACUGAUGGAAAUUAGGCUUGGAAGGAACAGAAUAAAUGGUUCCAUUCCUAAGAAUUUUACGGAAUUGAAAUCUUUGAGAGUGUUGGAUUUAAGUGAUAACAAUGUAGGGCCUCCAUUGCCUGAAUUUCAUGACGGUGUGAAGCUUGUGAUUGAGGGAAAUCCUCUGUUGGUUGGCACUAGUAACCAUAGUAAUGUGCCUCCCUCCCCUGUUAGUAGCCCGCCCCCCGAAAGUGCACAAUCUCCAUCAACCGAAACCAAGCCUGAUAACACUCCACCAUCCCCAAUUACACACUCAAGCUCUAACUCAUCUAGUUCUUCUAUCUAUGUACAUUCACAACCUCAAAGUUCCAAAAGAUUGAAGCUACUAAUUGUAGCCGGAAUAGCUGCUGUUGGGAUUUUGGUUCUCAUGGGGAUUCUUUUGUCUAUAUAUUGCUGUAAGAAGAAGAAGAAGGCUUUGGAGGCUUCUAGUUCCAUUGUGGUUCACCCUAGAGACCCAUCUGACCCUGAAAAUUUGGUUAAGAUUGCAGUUUCAAAUAGCACGAUGGGAAGCCUAUCUGCCCAAACUGCAACUAGUUCUGGGAGUACUAAUAGUGGUGCAACUGAGAACUCACAUGUGAUUGAGUCUGGGAAUCUGGUCAUUUCUGUUCAAGUUCUUCGCAAGGUGACCAAGAAUUUUGCGCAAGAAAAUGAGGUUGGUCGUGGUGGAUUUGGAACUGUUUAUAAGGGUGAACUGGAAGAUGGGACAAAAAUUGCAGUCAAGAGAAUGGAGGCUGGGGUGAUGACGGGUAAAGCUGUGGACGAAUUUCAGGCUGAAAUAGGUGUUCUUUCUAAGGUCCGCCACCGACAUUUGGUAUCUCUUUUGGGUUAUUCAAUAGAAGGCAGCGAGAGGCUUCUAGUCUAUGAGUACAUGCCUCAUGGUGCUCUAAGCAGACAUCUAUUCCAUUGGAAGGACCUGAAAUUGGAGCCUCUGUCAUGGAUGAGGAGGCUUACCAUUGCACUGGAUGUUGCUAGAGGAAUGGAGUAUCUUCAUAAUCUUGCCCGCCAGACAUUUAUUCACCGAGAUCUCAAAUCUUCUAACAUUCUUUUGGAUGAUGACUUUCGGGCAAAAGUUUCAGAUUUUGGAUUGGUGAAACUUGCUCCAGAUGGAGAGAAGUCUGUGGUGACUAGGCUUGCUGGGACAUUUGGAUACCUUGCACCUGAAUAUGCUGUGAUGGGGAAGAUCACAACAAAAGUAGAUGUGUUCAGCUACGGAGUUGUCUUGAUGGAACUUUUAACUGGGUUGACAGCACUUGAUGAGGAACGCUCCGAGGAAAGGCGAUACUUGGCAGAGUGGUUCUGGCGAAUCAAAUCAAGCAAAGAGAAACUUAUGGCUGCCAUUGAUCCAGCUCUUGAAGCAAAUGAGGAAACCUUGGAGAGCAUUGCCAUCAUUGCUGAACUGGCUGGACAUUGCACUGCAAGGGAGCCAUACCAUCGGCCUGACAUGGGUCAUGUGGUCAAUGUACUCUCCCAACUGGUUGAGAAGUGGAAACCAACCAUUGAUGAAUCAGAUUGUUACUCCGGAAUUGAUUACAGUCUACCACUUCCCCAGAUGUUGAAGGUUUGGCAGGAAGCAGAAAGCAAAGAAAUCAGCUAUACCAGCCUUGAGGACAGCAAAGGAAGUAUACCGGCAAGGCCUGCUGGGUUUGCAGACUCCUUCACUUCUUCUGACGGCCGAUGAUCAAAGCAAAAGGAGUUAUAGUGGAGGAAUUUCAGUUUCAAAAUUUCAUCACGUCAAAUGGUGACUCUAGAAAUUCCAAAUUUCAAGUUUGCAUUACAGCUCAAAGUUGAACAGUGUUUGGUUUCCGAUUGGCA